AUGGAUACUUCCUAUGAUCCCAACAUGAUGGACGAUGCACGUUUAGAGGCUGCCUUAGGACACAAGCAGGAGCUGAGAAGACACUUUGAUCUCUUCAGCUUGGUCAGUCUCGGUAUUGUCAUUGCGAACUCCUGGGCCGUUACUGGAGGAACGGUCGUGGCAGCUCUGCAAGAUGGAGGCUCCAUGGCAAUGCUUUACGGCCUCAUACUUGUCAGUAUAUUCUAUACACUCAUAUCCGCAUCCCUGUCCGAGCUCGCGUCUUCGAUGCCAUCAGCCGGGGGUGUUUAUUAUUGGGCAUCGGUGUCAAGCCAAGAAUAUGGACGGUUUGUUGGCUUUUUAACCGGAUAUCUGAAUGCUUGUGCCUGGCUUCUGUCAGCUGCGUCGAUUAGCUCCAUGCUCGGAAAUGAGGCCGUGGCCAUGUACAUGCUCCUCAAUCCCGGCUCGCAAUGGCAUUCGUGGCAGGUGUUCAUCGUUUUCCAACUGCUGGCUUGGAUAUGCUGCGCGAUAGUUUGUUUCGGGAAUAAACAUAUCCCUACGUUGAACCGAGCUGCUCUUGUGCUCUCUAUGUGUGGUCUGUUGGUGACUGUCAUUAUCCUCGCCGUCAUGCCGAGAAAGCAUGCAAGCAAUGAUGAGGUUUGGAGAAGAUAUCACAACAACACUGGCGGUUGGUCGGAUGGAAUUUGCUUCCUCAUAGGUUUGAUCAACCCGGCCUUUUCAGUCGGAGUCCCCGACUGCAUCACUCAUCUUUCCGAAGAAGUUGUGAAGCCCAGAACCAGAGUCCCUCAAGGAAUGAUGCUCCAGAUGUUAACUGCCUUUAUCACGACUUUUGUCUACCUAAUUGCUUUGCUGUACUCCAUUGAGGACCUUGACGCUGUUUUACAUAGCGAUAUCUCGUCUUUUCCAACAGCAGAAAUCUACCGACAAGCCACUGGGUCCAGGCAGGGGGCAGUCGGACUGGUUGCGGUGCUCUUCCUGACCGCGUUUCCAACCCUAGUUGGGGUUUACAUCACCGGGGGUCGCAUGUGGUGGAGUCUUGCUCGUGACAACGCAACGCCUUUCGCCUCAUAUUUCAGUCAUGUCCAUCCAACACAGAAGAAUCCCAUCCGCGCCACAGUAGCUAUGGCUGGUAUGGCACUACUAUCGUCCUAUGUUGUGCUGAGCACUCUGUCAUAUCUAGGGGCUAUUCUGCCGCAUGUGCUGACAGGCCGCAAGAAUAUAGUGCCCGGACCUUUCUACAUGGGAAGAAAGAUCGGCUUGGUGGUGAACGGAGUGGCUGUGGUCUAUAUUCUUGUUACAAUUGUUCUCUUUUGCUUUCCACUCACCCUCCCGGUCACAGUUCACAACAUGAACUAUUCAAGUGUUAUUGCUGUAGGACUAGUCACUUUGACCGCGUUAUGGUGGUUCGUUGGCGGAAGACGUGAUUAUAGGAGGCCGCAAUACAGCGUCGACAUCGCGCAAGGUCUUCCUGCCGAGUUGGAUACAGAGAAGGGACCAUCAUGA